AUGCUCGGCCGCCGGUGCGGGUCGCGGUGCGGGGACAGGGCCACGCGCAGAGCCGGAGCCGCGUCGGCGCGCGGUCGCCUUCGCCCGCCGGUCCGCCGCGCCCCGCCCCGCCCCGCCCCGCCCCGCCGCGCAGCGCACGGGCGCCCGCCCCGCCCGCCCGCAGCGCGGGGCCGCAGCUCAGCCCCGAGCGCCCCGGGCGGCGCGCUCUCCCCGCUCUACCGCCUAAGGCUGGGCAGAAUCGGAGUGGCCUUGCGGCCGGGAAAGACGGUGAUUGCCCAGUGGCCAACGAGCUUGCUGGUCGCCUCCAUGCAGGAGGAUGAGCAGUCUGGCCGGGACCUUCAACAAUAUCAGAGUCAGGCUAAACAGCUGGUUCGGAAGUUGAAUGAGCAGUCUCCUACCAGAUGUACCUUAGAAGCAGGAGCCAUGCCUUUCCACUGCAUUAUUGAGCAGGGGUGUGUUACUUGGUUCUGUGUGAAGCUCCCGAAGAAGCUGGCUUGUGCCUACCUAGAAGACUUGCACUCAGAAUUUGAUGAACAGUAUGGGAGGAAAGUGCCUACUGUGUCUAGACCAUAUUCCUUCAUUGAGUUUGAUACCUCCAUUCAGAAAACCAAGAAAAACUAUAUUGAUAGUCGGGCUCGGAGAAACCUGGGCUCCAUCAACACUGAGUUGCAGGAUGUGCAGAGGAUCAUGGUGGCCAACAUUGAAGAAGUGCUGCAGUGGGGAGAAGCGCUCUCAGCAUUGGAUUCAAAGGCUAACAAUCUGUCCAGUUUAUCCAAGAAAUUCCACCAGGAUGUAAAGUACUUGAACACAUGCUCUACUUACGCCAAGCUCACAGAGGUCGCUGUGUUUCUCAUCAUGUUAAUAGUGUAUGUGCGCUUCUGGUGGCUGUGAGGUAGUGAGCUGGUCACUGGU